AUGUGGGAACUCGGAGUUUUGAUAUCGUUCGCUGUAUAUGGCGUGUUCGCCAAACAGAACUGCCCCUUAUACGGGUUAGGGUAUCCCAAGCCGACAAACCUCCCCGAGCAGCCAGACAUCAAGAAAGCGGCAACAGCUUUGAAUUUGAUGUUCUCGGAAUACAUCGACCAUUCCAAACAAACUCUAUCUGGCAAUUUCUCAUACUCAGUCGAAGUAUUUUCCGCUGACGAUGAGGAACCUUUAUGGUCUCAUCAUUGGACCACGCCUAACUUAAAGGCUCUUAACUCCACAGGCGUCACUAAAGUCGAUGGAAAUACGGUCUACCGGCUUGCGAGCGUCACGAAAGUGCUGACAAUCUUGACCUUCCUUGCGGAAGUUGGUGAUUCACUAUGGAACGAACCUAUCAUCAAAUACAUCCCAGAACUUGCGGCUCUGGUUGUCGAUGGUGCGGAUAAUUCCCAUUCAAUCUCAAGUACAGACUGGCAAUCCAUCACCCUCGGUUCGCUGGCAAGUCAAAUGUCUGGUCUCCAGCGAGACUCUGAAGUGGCAGGUUAUGGAUUUCCUAUCAUAGGAGAAGAGGAAAUACCACCUUGCGGUAACAAUCCAGUCUGCAAUAGAACUCAGUUCUUCGAGGGUCUAAAGAAGUUACCUCCCUCGUUUUCACCAUAUGUCACACCGGCUUACUCGAAUAUCGGCUUCACUCUCCUUGGCUAUGCUCUAGAGCAAAUGACAGGGAAAUCCUUCCCCGAUAUGUUACAAGAUAGAGUUAUCGGGCCUCUCAACUUGACUCGCACAUUCUACAGCGCCCCCAAUGACUCCCUAGGAAUCAUACCAGGCGACCGCAAUGAAACCAAUUGGGCUCUUGACCUGGGUAAAGAAUCUCCUACUGGCAACAUGUAUAUGUCGUCUUCAGAUCUAUCCCGACUUGGUCGAGCAAUCUUGAGAUCGACGUUGUUGCCCCCGACUAUGACUCGAAGAUGGCUCAAGCCUGUGGUCUUCAGCUCUGAUCCAAAAUCAGGCAUUGGUAUGCCAUGGGGCGUGCGACAGCUACCCCUUUCAGCAGAUAUGCCGUACCAGUUCGCAACCACAUUCAACAAAGCUGGGACACUGGGAAAAUAUAACGCGUUGCUAGCUGUUAUUCCCGACUUUAAUAUCGGCUUCUCCGUCUUAGUAGCAGGCGGUGGUCUCAACGGAACAGCACUGGAUAUAGCGGACAUGUUGUCGAACGUUUACCUCCCAGCCCUGGUGAGCACAGCACGUACCCAGGCCAACCAUAUGUAUGGCGGUACGUAUAUAAGCCCGGACCCUAGGAUAAACUCAAUUCUCAGGGUUGUGGCAGAUGGCCAGACCCCUGGUCUAAGCUUAAGCUAUUGGAUAAGCAAUGGGACGGAUCUGGCGUGGUUGGCAGUAGGUUUGAGCCAAAGCGUGGAAGAGGAAGAUUGGUACAAAAUUCAGCCGAGCGUUCGACUUUAUCCCACAGGCCUGUGGGAUGCGGCCCCAGACGGUGGGAAGAGGGUCGCAUUCAAGGCCGUAUUCGAAGACCUGAGCUCACCUAGCAUGUCAAAUCCAUUUACAACGGAUUGUGGCACCUGGGUCACCGGGUCGGGUAUCCUAUACGGGUCUAAGCCGUUGGAUCAAUUCAUCUUCAAUGUCAACGCUGCGGGAAAAGUAACAAGUGUGGAGAACAGUGCGUUAAGAAAUAAGUUAGUCAAGGUGUAAUUAUUGUUUAGACAGAUAAUGGAGUCGGCCGGAUUCGCCGACUUUCCUCUCGGUGUCGCGCUUACGUACUCUCCGUCCCCCUAUCCUAUUGCGCUCGCCACGGAGCUCUCCAAAGUUUUUCCCGAAUUACCCAACCCCGUGUGGUGUUGGGCCUGCGGCUUUAACACGGCCACAGUUUCGACGGGACUCGAGACGAGCGGGGCUCCCUUUUUGGAGUCGUGACCGGUGACGUCGUAGUAGAGUGGGCGAUCCUACGGCAGUAAAUGCUGGUCAGGGAUUCGGUCCUCAGGUGAAAGUUUACUUAAGCCCGAUUAUAUUAACAUUCGUUAGCAUGCAGUCAUGAGAAAAUAUUUCAACUAUGUUGUCGAAAGCCGCUACAGCAAGGCUUAUGCAGUGUCCUUAGUAACGAGGCUCAAUUAAACCGUACAGCACUUGAAUUCCUAUUGGACUUUUGACGCCACGGGGAUCCUUUGAAUGAUGAACAGGGAGUUCAUGCGUUUGUAAUAGAGCAUAAUCAGGGAAUACUUACUCAUCGUGCUCCGUGGCGUCG